GCUAUCUGCAUUUUCAGAUCGUUGAACUUAUAAUCUCCCAUCUUAAAAAGAAAAAAAAACAAUUCAGAAAGUUAAUCUACAGAUAACGAUGGCGACCAAAGUGUAUAUCGUGUACUACUCAAUGUACGGUCAUGUGGAGAAAUUGGCUGAAGAGAUAAGGAAAGGAGCUGCUUCCGUUGAAGGUGUUGAAGCCAAGCUAUGGCAGGUACCCGAGACGCUUCCAGAAGAAGCACUCUCUAAGAUGAGCGCACCACCAAAGAGUGAAUCACCAAUCAUCACACCAAACGACCUAACCGAAGCUGAUGGGUUCGUCUUUGGAUUCCCAACGAGGUUCGGCAUGAUGGCUGCUCAGUUCAAAGCCUUCUUGGACGCAACCGGUGGACUCUGGAGGACUCAGUCACUCGCUGGUAAACCAGCUGGUAUCUUCUACAGCACUGGCUCUCAAGGUGGUGGCCAAGAAACCACCGCAUUGACGGCGAUAACUCAGCUGGUUCACCACGGGAUGAUCUUUGUCCCGAUCGGUUACACAUUUGGUGCGGGAAUGUUCGAGAUGGAGAAAGUGAAAGGUGGAAGUCCCUAUGGGGCUGGAACAUUCGCAGGAGAUGGUUCAAGGCAGCCAACAGAGCUUGAGCUAGCGCAAGCUUUUCACCAAGGCAAGUACAUUGCAACCAUCUCCAAGAAGCUCAAGGGCUCUACUGCUUAGAGCUCUUUGAAAAGGAAAACAAAACAAGACCGGUUUGGUUCUCUGCUUUUUUAUUACACAAUCAUAUAUUCUUCUCUUGUGAUUUCUUUUGGGUUUUGAUUAUAAACUACAUGAUAUUGUUUCACAACAAUCAUUCUUGUCUUGCUUUUACGUAUUAGAUAUGUAAUGAUUUAUGCUUGUCUUGCA